AUGCAUCAGGGAAUAUACCCUAGGCAGAAACCGUACAAGUGUGCGACAUGCGGGAGAGGCUUCUGGCUCAGUACAAACUCUCACCAGCGCCAGAAGGAGCAGAGUGGAGAAAAACGCUUCACAAGUAGCGAACGUGCUAAGGAUGUCCUGGACAGCCAUGACCUCCUGCAGCAUCUGGCCACCCACAGCACGCGGAAGCCACACAGGAGCACCACGCACAAGGAGGCCUUCCACCCCAACUCUAGCUUCCAGCAGCAGCAGAGAGUCCAUGCCACGCAGAACCCCUUCAAGUGCAGCAACUGUGGGAAAGGCUUUCUAAAGGCCUUCAUGCUCCUAGACCACCUGCUCACUCACUCCAAAGAGAGACCCUGCAGAUGCCCAACAGGGGGAAAUGCCCCUAAAGAGAACUCCACCGUUGUUCAUCCCCAAAAAAAUCACACUGGAGAAACAUCCCAUGUGUGUACGGAAUGUGGGAAGGCCUUCAGCCACCUUUUUAAACUGAGUACACAUCAGAAAGCUCAUACUGGAAAACCGCAUCACAGUUGCAGUGAAUGCGGGAAAGCCUUCACCCGAAAACACUCCCUUGUUCAGCACCAGCGAGUUCACACUGGAGAACGGCCUUAUGAGUGUGGCCAGUGUGGGAAGGCCUUCACUCGCAGCUUCCAUGUUGUUCGGCAUCAGAAAGUUCACAACACAGAAAGGCCUUAUGAGUGCAGACAGUGCCGGAGAGUCUUUAGCUGUAUUGCCAAUUUUGUUGAGCACCAGAAAAUACACACUGGGGAAAGGCCGUAUGCGUGCAAUGAAUGUGGGAAAGCCUUCAUUAACAGCUCUCAUCUUGUUCGGCAUCAGAAAGUUCACAACACAGAGAGGCCUUUUGAGUGCAGCAAAUGUGGAAAAGCCUUCCGGCAAACCUCCAAACUUACUCUGCAUCAAAGGAGUCAUACGGGAGAAAAGCCUUAUAAAUGCAACCAGUGUGGGAAAGCCUUCAGUUGCCCCUCCAACCUUGUUCCACACCAGCGAAUUCAUACUGGAGAAAAGCCUUAUGAGUGCUCGGAAUGUGGAAAAGCCUUUAGUCAAAGCUCUGCCCUCAUUCAGCACCAGAAGGUUCACACCAGAGAAAGGCCUUAUGAGUGUAGUGAAUGUGGAAAAGCCUUCAGCUAUAGCUCGAACCUUGUUAAACACCAGAAAGUUCACACUGGAGAAAGGCCUUACGGGUGCAGCCAGUGUGGGAAAGCUUUCAGUGAGAGCUCCAUCCUCAGUCAGCACCAGAGAGUUCACACUGGAGAAAAGCCUUAUGAGUGUAACAAGUGUGGGAAAACUUUCCGCUACAGCUCAAACCUCUCUAAGCACCAGAAAGUUCAUACUGGAGAAGAGCCACCUGAGUGCAGUGGACAUAGGAAUGCCUUCAGCCAGAGUUCCAACCUCACUUGGCACCAUGAAGGUCAUACCAAAGAGAGGCCUUAG